CGGUUCUACUUUAUGGAUCGACAAUAUCGACGAUGCCCAUGGAAUUCUGCAAGAAUUUAAACCAUGGAUGGAAGAUGAAAGGUUCAAAAAGAUUUGGCACAACUACGGCUUUGAUCGACACGUGAUGUGGAACGAAGGGAUCGAUUGCAAAGGGUUUGCAGGUACGUUAGUAGAAAUAAUUAUCGUUCAAUGCCAAAAACAAAUCAGUGAGUCAGUUAUUGAUUUGCUUACUCUCUAUGUGUUUCUGCCUGGGCCACAUCUAACUUGAAAUCUUCUAGGGGACACCAUGCACAUGGCGCGUUUACAAGACACGAGUCGCAUGAAAAACGGUGGCGGCGGCUACAGUCUAGAGGCAUUGACAUCAGAGUUGUUGGGUCUGAGAAAGAGACCAAUGAAGGAAAUAUUUGGUGUUCCACGUAUCAGAAAAGAUGGAACACCGGGGAGCAUAGUGGAUGUCCCUCCGAUUGAAGUUUUGCAGCGUGAUCCUAGAUUUCGUGAAAACUUUAUCGCAUACUCGUGUUACGAUGCCGUUGGAACAUGGAGGUUGCACCAAAGACUAGUGGAGUUAUUGAAGAAGAUGGACUGGAUUUCGACGGACACAAAUUUGUACGACUACUACUGGGCAAAUAUGAGGGCUUUCGGCGAAGUUUUGACGGACAUGGAAAGGCGUGGUGUUUAUGUGGACGCGAAAAAAUAUUUAGCAUCAGUAGAAACACAAGCACGUCAAGAUCGAGCAGAUCACCUAAGAAAAUUUCGACAAUGGGUGGCAAAGGAAAUCGGUCCAGAUGGGUUAGCUAUCAAUCCCGCAAGCUCGGUUCAAUUAUGUACUUUACUUUUUGGUGGAUCUCAAAAUAUUAAGACUAAGGAACCAACUGAACAUAUCCGAGUAUUCAAAGUUCCUGUUGAAGAGAUUCCCGAGGAUGCUUUGGAGGAGUACCAGAAGAUUGAGGAGAAGAAACAGAAACAAAACGGAGACAAAAGUAAGUCCAUCGUUCAGAAUAUAUGAUUUGCGCAGAGAUUCGCAUUCUCAAAAAUACUACUUUUGGUUAAUUUGUCAUGCAAGAAAAUGGAAUAGAAACUGAUCAAUUAGAUCAACUCAAGGCAGUUCAAUUGAAGGCACUAUGUAAAGAAUGUGGCCUGAAAGUGUCGGGGAAGAAAGCCGAUUUGCAACAACGUCUUCGUGACCAUCUUCUAUCGACUCCAGUGAAAGAAGUCGAAGAUGACGAGUUUGAUCAAAUGUCUGAUGAUGAAAUACGCCAGUCACUUAUUGCUAGAAGUCUAGAUGAUAGUGGUGACAGAAUGGAGCUUUUGAAGAGACUCAGAGAUGACAUCCAAUACAUGCAUGACUUAGAGACAGCUGUCCCGCCAGAUGCGUCAGGACACGUGACAAUUAUUGAGGCUCUUGAGGCAGCUGCUCGUGAAGGUGGCGUCGCCGAAGAAAUUCUGCAGAGUAUUAAGGACAAAUCCAACGCGAAACCGAAAUUUAUAGAUGUAACAGUUCGGAGUCUUGGUAUGGAAGCCAUCAAGCAUACAGCAGGCGGGGCUCCUAGUGUGACAGCUGAUGUUCUACGUAAACUUGCUGGUGAUCCAUUUGAAGACCCUCCCAGAUAUGGAACGGUAAGAAAAAGUCACUCGAGGAGGACCUACAUCCCUCAUGAACAUAACAAAAUUCUCAUUUCGUAUACGAAUUUUUAUAAUUGCUCUCCCUUAAGGCAUUCGAGUUUUUUGGCGGCGGUGAAAAUGGACAUGAAGCAUGUGUAGGCUUAUAUAGCCUUUGUGCGAUAGGUUCAAUUGAUACCAUGAUUGCAAAUUUUCUCACAAGUUUGCAAUCUUUGGCGGAUCACCAGAGUCGAGUACAUUGCUCUCUGAAUCUCAAUACAGAAACAGGCCGACUCUCCUCUCGUCGCCCUAACCUUCAAAACCAGCCAGCACUUGAAAAAGACAAAUACAAAAUUCGACAAGCUUUCCAGGCAUCACAAGGAAACUCGUUGAUUGUGGCAGAUUACGGGCAACUUGAGCUUCGUUUGUUAGCGUCGAUGACAGAUUGUAAAUCGAUGAUUGACGCCUUCGAAUCUGGGGGUGAUUUUCACUCGAGGACGGCGAUGGAUAUGUUCGAUAAUGUGAAGCAGAAGGUUGACGAUGGUGAAGUGCUUUUGGAAUGGGAUUACGCCAAAGGGGAACCUCCGAAGCCACUCCUGAAAGAUGAAUAUGCUUCCGAAAGAAGAAAAGCCAAAACCUUGAAUUUUUCUAUUGCCUAUGGAAAGACAGCGCAUGGCUUAAGCCAAGAUUGGGGGGUUUCGCAGCAAGAGGCUCAAGAAAUGCUGGAUAAAUGGUACGACGCACGUCCUGAAGUACGCGAUUGGCAAGCAAAUACAAAAGCCUACGCUAGAAGAUUUGGGUUGACCCGUACGUUGAUGGGGCGAUAUCGGCAACUUCCAGAGGCGACUGGUCGGAAUAAACGGCUCCUUGGUCAUGCAGAACGUGCAAGUAUUAAUACGCCAAUUCAAGGUGGCGCUGCGGACGUUGCAAUGAUGGCAAUGAUCAAAAUCAAUGAGAGUGAAAAACUUAAACGACUUGGCUGGAUUCUUUUGCUCCAAGUCCACGAUGAAGUUAUGUUGGAAGGGCCAGAGGAGACUGCUGAGGAGGCUUUCGAUGAAGUAAUCCACUGCAUGGAAUCGCCAUGGGUCUUGGGGCUUUCGAAGACUUCCGUGCCGCUCCUUGUUGAUGGAAGCUGGAAACACAAAAAUUGGUACGAUGCGAAGUAGAUUACUCUGCUACAAUAAUGUGAGAAGCGUAUA